UACUUAGUAAGAAAAAAGUCCGAACCUAACUUUUCCUCAACAAGCUUUCUUCUUAAUCUUACCUUAUGCUAAACUCAAAUUACUUAAUCCCAAGAAUUUUCAAUUUCAGUCAAAACUUUCAGAACACGAUCCACGAAUGAUUCAAUGAUUCUCCCACCCACCGCCACCGGAGCCCGCUCAAGGAAUUUAUGAGAUUGAAUUUUUCCGUCGCCGAAACCACCGCCGACUGCCACUUCUUAUCUCCGUCGACGGCAGCUCUCUCUCUCCAUCUUCUCCGUUUCAGGGCACAAAAAUGAUGGUGAGAAAAGUUCUGGUUUCCGUGGAGUAGACCUUUGCAUUCGGUGCUCUCCUUUGAUAUUGGAUUUUGAAUCCCAUAAUAUGAUAAAGUUUCUUCUCUUUUAUAAAGUUAUUUUGCUUUGUGGGACAUAACGGCUUUCUCUGUUUUCUAUCAGAAAAGGGUUGUCUUUGUACAUAAUGAUGUGAAGGAGAUCAGUUGAUUUAGUGGAAACAUGGCGAAGGGAAGUCAUGAGAAUGUUGCUUAUAUAGAUGUUGAGAAUUAUCGGUUGGAUGAUGUUAUCAUUAUUGACGAUACUCAAUGUGUAACUAAGAAUUUUCAAAGGGCCGAUAUAUCAACAGAAAGCAGAAAAAGUCCUUCAUGCAUAUAUGUAGAUGAUUGCAGCUCAGAUGAGGAUGCCUGCUCACCUUCAAGAACAUUCCGUCCAUCCUCUCGGCGGCAUUUUGUAGAGUUAGAUGGUCGACAAAACCGAAAACAAUAUGCAUUUUUUAUGGGGAAGUGUAUGCAAAGCAACUAUGGGAAAGCACCUGCUAGAAAUCAUUUUGAUUUACAUGUCAGUGCCCACAGCAGUUCCUCAGAUAGUGAUAGUUCUGAUUGUGAAGUUAUGGAGGGGUCUUUUGAAAAGCUUCGACAACAGUGGGAAGAGGCUUCUUUGAGGAGAAAGCAUGAUGAUCGUCGUACUUUCUUCACAGUAGAAGACCAAGAUAAGGCAUCUGCUUCUCAUGGUGGUGAUUCUGAUACAAAUUUUGAUGUAGAAAAUCAAAUGAAGCAGCAAUCUGAAGUACAAGCGUGUUCUAGUCCUGAAAAUGCUGAAAAUGGUGGCUGCUGUUUGUUGACUGAAUUAAAGAGCAAUUCAGCCGAAAAUGGUCCUCCGGCACCCCUCAGUACGAAGGAUUUGAUUUGUGAACGAGAAAGGCUGAAGGAGACUGAUGAAUACAGACGAGCAAUGGAAGAAGAAUGGACUACAAGACAACAAGAGCUACAAAUUCAGGCUGAAGAAGCACACAAAUUACGUAGAAAAAGAAAAGCGGAGAGAAUGCGACUAUUAGACAUGCAAAGAAGGCAAAUGAAACGUUUAGAAGAAGUGAGAGAGACACAAAAGAAGGAUGAGGAGAAUAUAAACAUGAAGGAACAACUUCGUGCGGAUGUGAGAAAAGAGCUUAGUAUGCUGGAAAUGAAUUGCACUGAUAUGGCCUCCUUGUUACGUGGCUUGGGAAUUCAAGUUGGAAGUAGCUUACAGCCUUCCUCACAAGAGGUGCAAGCAGCAUAUAAAAGGGCAUUGCUCAAGUUUCAUCCAGAUCGAGUAUCAAGCACAAGCACAGACAUACGCCAGCUCGUGGAGGCUGAGGAAAAAUUUAAACUUAUUUCUCACAUGAAGAAAAAAUUUAUGUGCUAACAAACUUGUAAUUGAAUGUAACCUUCUUUUCUUUUCUUUUUAGGCUAAGGUCGUAUACUUUUGUUGCUUUUUUUUCUUUUUUAGUUCUCACAGGUACAUUAAUUUCUUGGUGGGUCUCAUAAUACGUGUUAAUUUUUUGUUUUUA